CUGAUUGAAGAAGAUAGUAACCAUAGCAAGCAAGGUGGUUAGAUAGUUUUAUUUCCUUCAACUUCAAUACAAUAAAUGGCUACGCUUAACUUUGGCUUAGCCACAACAAAUUUGAAUGCUACUUCUGGUUUUCGAACUAGAACCAAAUCAUGGAGCAGAGGCAAAUCCACAAUUGUUUGUAUUGGUGGUGGUCCUAUUGGUCCUCUUGAUUGGGACCCAGAAGGUGUACUAGGCCGGCCCAAUACUGGCCACCUUGCUAGGCUUGAGUUUAAAAGACGGCUUGAGAAAGAUUCUGAUGCUCGCGAAGCCUUUGAACGUCAAGUUCGUGAAGAGAAAGAACGCCGUCGAGCCCUUCGUGAUUCUCGUGAUGUUCCUGAUACUCCACAAGACCUCAUUGAAUACUUGCUUGACACUGAAGCUCAGGAGAUUGAAUUUGAGAUUGCAAGAAUGAGACCACGAUUAAACGACGAAUUCAUUUUGGCACUAAAAUCCGAGUUAGGACAGCUUCGAUUUGCUGUUAACAAAACACAGCUUACGGAGGAUAGAUUGACUGAGCUGGAGGCUCUAGAGAAGGCCAUACAAGAAGGAACAGAUGCCUAUGAUAAGAUGCAAGCUCAGCUCAUAAAAGCCAAGGAAAACCUAACCAAAAUCUUGACAUCAAAGGAUGUCAAAGCAACUUUGCUGGAGUUGGUUGAACGCAACGAGAUUAAUCGAUCAUUGUUGACCCUUCUUGAUGAAAACAUAUCAAGUGCACAUGGUGCCAACCAGAAGCAAGCUGCAGAAUACAUGGAGAAGCUCCGUGGGGCUGUUCUCAAAUACAUUACAGUUUAGUGUGGAUAGUAUGUUUUGUUUCUUACUUUAUUAUCACCAUUUGUGGAAAACUGUGCCGUCGAUAAUUGUAUCAAAUAUGCGAUAUAUAAUACUUUCUUUGCUAUGAUAUCAUAGUAAAUGAGUUGUAAAUUUUGAAAUACGUAUGACUAAUGUAUCUUUAGUUGGAAAUCUUGUAAAAUUGUUUUUAAAAUCACAA